UUUUCGACAUUUUUCACGUUAAAAAUAUCCUUCAACGUGUUGUGUCAAGGUGUUUCCAUGCGGCUUCACAGAGGAGAUGCCACGAUACUGCGCAGAAAAGCUUUGCCGAAACCGUGGAGGGACUUCAUCAAAACAAGACAAGAAAAUCAGCUUUUACCCUUUUCCCUUGCAGGACAAGACCAGGCUCCAAAAAUGGGUAAACAACAUGAGGCGGGGGGAGUGGACCCCAAGUCGGCAUCAGUAUCUCUGCAGCGAGCACUUCACAGAGGACUGCUUUGAUAUUCGCUGGGGUAUCCGGUAUCUGAAGAAUACAGCUAUUCCCACCCUUUUCCCCUCUGUUGAGAAUGAAUGUGAGAACAAGGUUACCCUUCAGAGAAAUCCUAAAGGCACAUCCCCGUAACAGGCUGAGGACUUUGAGAUUGAUACCAGUAGGAUGCCUCUCAUUUUGAGGAAAAUGCGCCCACCUGUUAAAGAACAGUCCACGACGCUGCUCAAAGUCCCUCUCUUCCAAGAAUCAGGGAUCACUUCUCAGUCAAGUCUACCUGCGACGCACACUACUGUCUGCGAGGUAACGAGUAACAGUGGAGUUUCAGCAAUGCCCUGCCUCACACCGCCGUUGCGCUCCGAAGAGCAAACUGACUCGAUUGUGACCGUGUUGUGCUGCAAGACACUUGGCCCUCACGCCAGCAAUGAGGAACAUGCACAUUGCGCUUCUUUUGCAGCAGACCAGAGCCAGACUUUUCGUUUUGUGCCUGUGGAAUUGAUUAGAGACAAAUCUCUGGGGAGUUUUGCAGAGGAGACCGAGGCCAGCGACAGGGAGCACGUUUUGGUUCACGAGCACUCGUACUGCAGACAGGACACUGACAAAGACGAGUUGUGGAGUAAGAUCCUGAGUCUGCACACAAAGAUCUUGGAACUGGACCGUAGAGAGGAGAGCACCGUGGCUAAAAUCCACACUUUAGAGAAUGAGAUUUCACUCCUGAAGAGGGAUGGGGCAGUUUUUAAAGAGAAGCAGAAAAUUUUAGAAGAUUAUAUAUCAUCUGUUUUACUCUGAUCUUUAGACAUCUGACUUGUGUUAUUAUUGCCUUUUCUGUAGCUAAUUUUGGUCAAUUAUUUGUCUUGGGUGAAACAGCUUCUGUAACACGCUGCUAUAGAUGCAGGUCUGAUGAUGUCCACAUGGUGGCACUGUGGUCAUUUUCAUUGCUUAACAGCUGUACAGGCCUAUUGGACAAAUUAGAAUAUUUUUGAAAAGUCCAUUUAUUUCAAGAACAUUAUCGCUUAGUAAAACAUUAUAUAAUAAUAAUUACACACAGAUGGAUGUUUUAAAGCCUUUAUUUCUGUUAAUUAUGCUGAAAUUUAAAAUUAAAAUAUAAUAUGAGACCAAUUUUUAAAAAAAACAUUUUUAAUAUAAAAAUGUAGUCAUAAUGAAAAGUAUGCUUUAUACCUGCUUAAUGUUGUCAAUUUUAAAAACGUACUUUUAUCCUGACAAAUGAGCCUUAUCAGGACGCAUGUUCUAAUUUAUUCAUGUAUCUAUAUUUUUAAAUGUGAACUGCACAUUUCACUUUUUCUCCAAAUGGUCCUAAAUUUCAUUUUGCAACCUGACACCAAUCUACAAGAUGGUUUAAAUUCAUUUCAGCUAAUCAGCUUCAUAAUCCUCCCCAGACUGUCGUCAUCAAUUUGUCAGGCUUUUAGUGUGGUGGUGAAAACUAUUCAUUUCACCACUUUUCACUUCUCUGUGACUAUCAAUCAUAAUAAAAUAGAGUAUGGAGAAAUGUAAAAA